AUGACCACAUCGAAGAGGCCCAGUUUCAUUGAGCUCCCUAAAGAGACUACUCGCACAUCUAGUGCCCUGUCAAAGAAUGGUCUCGUCUCACCACGAAUCCAGCAUUUCGAUGGCGAAGUCCCUCCCGCACUCUCGCCUCUCGAUGCCUUCGCCGCCAGGAGUCGGAGACUGGCUAAAGAGUUGGAGGAAACGAGGAAGGCUGGAGAGAGACGGUUAAGCAGACUACCACCACAGAUCGUCACAGAAUCAUUGAUUGAACAUCAAAACAAUCGGCCACCCAUAUUUCGUGCCCUGUCCGAUGGGCUGGAUACUGUUCCUCCUCUACCCACUAUGGAUAAGGAUCGCGCAGGAAGUUUCCCGCGCGUAGCGAACCCCUUGGACCGGCCUUCGUCGCAGCACGUUCGGAUGAGCACUAUGGUGUCGCCGACGGAGCAACGACGGAGCAAGGCAAAUGCACAAGACUAUUUCGGGGCACCUCGAGUCGAGUCUCCGCCUCCUAUAGACACAAGAGAGCCGUCAAGCUCAUCCAGCCCUGUGCUGAAGUCCCACGCAAGUUUUCCAUACCAACCCUCGAAUCAUUCUCAGUCCGAUCUGGGCCUCGCGCCUCCAUCAAACAGGCUACGACCAUAUCACGAUGCUUCGGACGACGAUUAUACCAGUUCCAACGCUGGUUCCACAUUUUCGCAGUCGAGGCAGCUUUCCGCUAGUAGUGGAGUGUCUGCACCUCACUCUCCGAUAUCUCCUUAUGCCGUUUCCCAUGGCAGGACUGAUUCCCGCGGUUCGCUGGGCUCACCCACUCUCUUCCCAACCAGGAACUUCUCGCGCCCAAUGAGCUCUGCGAGUUUGACCAAUCUCAAUGCUGACAAUAGUCCCUCACGGGGGCCGAUGGCCAUGCAAAUGAGCCAUUUACGAAAUGCUAGUUCUUUCGACGGAUCUAGAUCCUUGCCAGGAUACCUGGCUGGGGAGGCUUCCUCCUACACGCAUGCUACGUAUAGCCUGCCCCGGGGGCGGAGGGUAUCCAAUAGAGCCUCUCGCAUCUUUCAAGGCCUCUCAACACCGCAUUUCGAGUGGCAGGAGCCUAUGUUUCCUGGCACUCCACCCCUAGAAGGUAGUAACAGCAGCGAACUUCCCGUCCCUUCCCCUAUGGCAUCUGCAAGACCCAGCCGAGAGGAGACGAGUCAACAAAGGUCAGGAUUCUCUUUUGAAUUCGACUCAGAACAAGCUCUUGCGUCUAGAGAAACAACCCACCCACAAUCGGCAUCAUAUACGCCCACCGGGUCUGUGAAAUCAACUGACUCGAACCCGAGACCGUCAUUAGGGGAGCUUCCCUUGACAAAUGUGUUCAUGCCACCACCGCCACCCCCUUUGUCUCCAGUGGUGGAGGCUUCCCAGUCGUCAAGGUCUAAUAGCACAAUUCGGCCAUCUACUGCUCGUACUAUCAGCAACUAUCAGGGACUAUCAGCUGAAGACCAUGUCAACAAGGCUAUCGAGCUUCAUGAGCACGGCGAUUUGAAAGAGUCGACGUACCACCUCAGAAUCGCAGCCCACAAAGGUCACGCGACUGGGAUGCUACUCUAUGCCCUAGCCUGCCGUCAUGGUUGGGGGAUCAGAGCGAACCAGAAGGAGGGUGUGCAGUGGCUCCGCAAAGCCGUGGAUUGUGCCAUGUCAGAGGUAGCUGAAGACGAGAAUCCAGCUACCCGAAAACCGGGAACCGACUUCCACGACAUGAAGACACAUCGAGCACAGUUUGCCCUUAGCAUCUACGAGCUCGGCGUGUCGCAUCUCAAUGGAUGGGGCAUCGAGCAAGACAAGGCUUUGGCGCUGCGCUGUUUUGAAAUUGCAGGCAAUUGGGGCGAUACUGAUGCGCUGACGGAAGCCGGAUUCUGUUACGCCGAGGGGAUCGGUUGCAAAAAGGACAUGAGGAAAGCUGCCAAGUUCUACCGCAUGGCAGAAGCAAAGGGGGUCAGCAUGGUUGGAAAUAGCUGGAUUCACAAAGAAAAGUAUAAUGACAUUGAUGAUGAGAGAGAAGGUCGAUCAACAUCCACAGCCAAGUCGUCUUUGGAGAAGCCACGCAGCAAGUCAAAAUCGCGUGGUAUAUUCGGUCGAAAGAAGUCAACCAAUGCUUGA